AUGGAGGUCAGCCACUCGGUCAAGGAGCGCACCAUCGCCGAGAACAGCCUGGUCAUCCUGCUGCAGGGCCUGCACGGCCGCGUCACCACCGUGGACCUCCGCGACGAGAGCACGGCCACGGGGCGCGUCACCAACGUGGACGCCUUCAUGAACGUGCGGCUGGCCGAGGUGACCUUCACGGACAGGCAGGGCGCCGUGUCCCACCUGGACGAGUUCUUCGUGACCGGCAGGAAUAUCCGCUACGUCCACAUCCCCGAUGAGAUGAACGUCCGUCCA